AUUACCCUUGUUCAACUGAUUGCCUUCUCAAUCCUUUUCUUUUUCUCUUUAUAACUCCCAAUGUUUCGGAGAGCAGAGAACUUCUGUCGUAGCUUCUUACAAUUGCGGAGGAGACAGAGAACAGAAAUGUUGGGUUUGAUCCCAAUUUCAUCACCAGACAGUCUAAAGAAAGUACUUCAAACACUGUCUGGAAAAUGGGGAGACGUAGUGGAAGAUCUCGAGAGUCUUCAAGUGAAACCCAUGAAAGGUGCAAUGACCAACGAAGUUUACAUGGUGGAAUGGCCAACAAAGGAUAAUAAUUUGCGCCAUAGGAAGCUUCUCGUUCGUGUUUAUGGCGAAGGAGUUGGUGAUCUGUUGUUCAACAGGAAAGAUGAGAUUCGUAUGUUCGAGGUUGUCUCUCGUUACGGUCACGGUCCUAAGCUUCUUGGCCGAUUUGCUGGCGGUAGAAUCGAGGAGUUUAUUAAUGCCCGGACGUUAUCAGCGGCGGAUCUACGUAACACCGAAGUAUCUGCUUUCACUGCAUCUAAGCUAAGAGAAUUUCACAGUAUAAACAUUCCCGGUGAUAGAAACGUGCUCCUUUGGGAUAGGAUGAGGAAUUGGCUUAGACAAGCCAAGAGUCUGUGUACACCUGAAGAUUCAGCAGAGUUUGGUCUUGACAACAUUGAAGCUGAGAUAAACUUGCUGGAACAUGAGCUGCACAAUGAGUGUAAGCAACAGAAGAUUGGGUUUUGUCAUAAUGAUUUGCAGUAUGGUAACAUUAUGAUUGAUGAUGACACCAAUGCCAUUACUAUCAUUGACUACGAGUACGCUAGUUAUAACCCAGUUGCAUACGACAUUGCAAAUCACUUCUGCGAAAUGGCCGCAAAUUACCAUUCUGAGACUCCCCAUAUCUUAGAUUACACUCUAUACCCAGGAGAAGAGGAACGAAGAAGAUUCAUCCAUAACUAUCUCAGCUCUUCAGGCAAAGAACCAAAGGAAGAAGAGAUAAAACAGCUCUUGGAGUAUACUGAGAAGUACACAUUGGCAAGUCAUCUCUUGUGGGGCUUAUGGGGAAUCAUCUCUGGGUACGUGAACAAGAUCGAGUUCGAUUACGCUGAGUACUCAAGACAGAGAUUCAAACAGUUCUGGCUUCAAAAACACAAGCUCUUAUCUUCCUUCUCCUCUUAAUCGUAUGCUUCAAACACCAAAUGUUGUAACCAAAUCUAAUCAAUUCUAGAAACCAAUCCAAAAACCUGAAACGUUCCCAAAUUGUAAAUUGAAUGCUCUCA